CGUUCCAAUCCCAACUCUAAACCUUCCUAAUCCUCGCAAUAAAUCUUAGCAACACCAAUCUCGCUCACUCACUGCCAUUGUUAUGGAAUGGCUCAACCCCACGUCCUAGUUGUAACAUUUCCUGCGCAGGGCCAUACAAAUCCUGCCCUCCAAUUUGCCAAGCGCCUAAUAAAUCUAGGUGUUCGUGUCACCUUCAUGACAUCCAUCUCAGCCAUUAACCACAUUAACAAGAGUUCACUGGUGGAGGGUUUAUCAUACGCUGGUUUCUCUGAUGGCAAUGACGACAGUUCCAAACCAGAGCACGAUUUCAACAAGCUUAUUUAUGAGACUGAGCGCUGCGGUUCUGUUUCCUUAAGAGAGUUCAUUGCUGCCAGAGUGGUGCCACUUCUCAGUAGCCAUGACUUACCCUCUUUUUUGCUUCCUUCAACUCCAUUUCAUUCAAUCAUGGACACAGUGAGAAGGCAAGUAGGGUUACUUGAUGAACAAACCAAGCCAAAAGUUUUGGUUAACACAUUUGAUGCCGUGGAACCCAAGGCUCUCAACGCGAUCCAAAAUUACAACUUGGUUGGAAUUGCACCUUUGAUACCAUCUGCCUUUCUGGACGGUAAAAAUCCUUCGCAUACUUCAUUUGGAGCAUGCAUGGCUGUGUUGGAAAAACCACGGAUAAAGGAAAUAGCACGUGCGUUGAUAGACACUGGAUUCCCAUUCUUGUGGGUGAUGAGAGAAAGUGGAGAAGGAGAGAAAGAAGAGGAGAAGUUGAGUUGUAAAGAAGAGCUGGAAAAGCAAGGAAUGAUAGUGCCAUGGCGUUCGCAAGUGGAGGUUCUUUCUCAUCCAUCAAUAGGAUGUUUCUUGACGCAUUGUGGAUGGAAUUCGACAUUGGAGAGCUUAGCUUCCGGAGUGCCAAUUGUGCAUUUCCUCAAUGGUCAGACCAAGGGACGAAUUCAAAGCUUGUACAAGACGUGUGGAAGACAGGAGUGAGAGUGACAAAGAAUGAAGAAGGGAAGGUUGAAAGUCAUGAUAUAAAGUGAUGCUUGGAAUUGGUAAUGGGAAGUGAGGAAAUGAGACUGAGUGCAAAGAAAUGGAAAGAUCUGGC